CUCCCACUCCCGCCUCCACCUCUACUACGCCCCACACUCCGCAACCGUCUCACACAUACCUACAGAACAAUGGCCAGCAGGGCAGGCGUUGCCGUGCGUGCCAUCAUGGACGUCUCGCGGCUGACGCGGGGACGGAUCGGCAAGGUGAUCAAGACCGCCGCCGAGACCAAUAUGAACAAGACCACUGUGGUUGAGGUUGCUCGGCAGAAGACCCAUCCCAAGUACGGCAAGUCACGUCGGGUGACCAAAAAGUCCUCUGUCAUGACGAGUCCAACGUGUCCAAGGUUGACGAUCUUGUGCGCAUCGAGCUCGGGCGCCCGCGCUCAAAGCGCAAGUCGUGGUAUGUUGCCGAGGUUGUCAAGCGCCGCGUUGAUUGAGGUCGCGAUUGAUCUCUCUGGCGAGUGGCUGCAGCCCUUCCCGUCAACUUGUUGCGCGCACUGACGCGCUCAGCCUAGCAGGCCAAGCCCGCAUAAACGCACUUCGAACACGAA